AUGAAAGCCAUGACCACAAGCUCACCGCCACCACCGUCCUCAGCCCACGCAUUCGCAAAGAUCGUAGCUUUCUCUCUCCUCACAUUAGCCCUCCUCCUCUUCUUCAGACUCUUCUCUCUCCACCCCGAGGCGGCCCAGAACCUCCACCUCUCCUUCUUCAACUCGGCCCCCUCCGCCGCUCCCUCCUCCCCUCCGCCGCCGCCGCCGCCGCCGAUGACGAAGCCUCCGGCGGCGGUGGUCGAGCGCACCGGGAUCGUGAACGAAUUGGGUAUCAUGACCGAAGACUUCGUUGUGGGGGAAUUUGAUGAGAGCCUGAUUGAGAGUGUUGUGGUGGACUUCAAUAGCAGCGUUGGGAAGGGAAAAAGUGACGGUGAGGAUAAAAAGGUUGUUAAAGUUGAAAAAUUUAGGAUUUGUGAGGGGAUUGUAAGUGAGUAUGUGCCCUGUUUGGACAAUGUGGGUUUGAUUACGAGGUUUAAUUCAUCGGUCGAGGGUGGAAAUUAUGAGAGAGGUUGUCCUGAGAAGGUGAAGGUUUUGGAUUGUUUGCUGCCUUGGCCUAAAGGGUAUAAGCUUCACAUUGCGUGGCCCAAAAGCCGGGAAGAGUUGUGGUUUGACAAUGUGCCUCAUACACCUCUGGUUGGAGCCAAUGGAGGUCAAAAUUGGAUAUCGAAGAAAGGUGAUAAAAUCAUAUUAUCCGGACGUGAACCUCCAUAUAUCAAUGGUGUCAACCAAUACUUGGACCAGAUAUCCAAGAUGGCUCCUGAAAUAAAAUUCGGGCAACGUACACGGGUUGCUCUGGAUGUUGGCUCGGGCAUUGCGAGUUUUGGUGGAUACUUGAUGGAUCGAAAUGUGACGACCCUUUCUAUAGAUUCGAAAGAUGUUUCUAAUAAUCAGAUACAAAUUGCACUCGAGAGAGGUGUGCCUGCAAUGUUGGGUGCAUUUGGAAAGCUUCGUUUGCCUUAUCCAAGCCAAGCUUUCGACUUGGUCCAUUGGGCUAGACCUGGAGUUAAUUGGACUAGUGAAGGUGGAAUUUUACUUCUCGAGGCAAAUAGGAUUCUGAGAGCCGGAGGAUACUUUGUAUUGGCAGUAUCAUCUGUUGAUAAAGAGAUGGAGGAUCUUACCAGCAAGCUUUGUUGGGAAUUAGUUAACAAGAAAGGUUACAUUACUAUUUGGCAGAAGCCUCUAAAUAACAGCUGCUAUCUAAACCGUGAUCGUUAUGUACAACCUUCUCUAUGCGACCCUGAAGACAAUCCAGAUGAUAUAUGGAAUGCAACUUUGAAGGAAUGCAUCACAAGAUUACCCGAAAACGGUUAUGGAGCUAACAUUGCCAGCUGGCCUGCUCGCCUGCACAGUCCACCGGACAGGCUUUUUGCCAUACCAAUGGAUGCUUACAAAUCGAGGAAAGAUUUAUAUAAAGCGGACUCGAAGUAUUGGAAUGAUAUCGUGAGUGGUUACAUUAAUGCUUUUCAUAUCCACAAGAUGAACUUACGAAACGUGAUGGACAUGAAAGCUAGAUAUGGAGGGUUUGCCGCAACUUUAGCAGAUUUUCAGGUCGAUAGUUGGGUUAUGAAUGUUGUUCCUGUUAGUGGUCCAAAUACGCUGCCUGUGAUAUUCGAUCGUGGUUUAAUAGGCGUGAUGCACGAUUGGUGUGAACCAUUCAACACAUAUCCAAGAACAUAUGACCUGUUGAAUGCUGCUGGCCUUUUCUCGGCAGAACAGAAAAGAACAGCACGUUCAGGCAUCAAAGUAAUUGCAGUCUCCCACUUGCCGAGUGCUUCCCGAUAUUUUCCUUCCUGCAUAAAAUAA